AUGGGCAAAGGAGUUGGUGAAAGGAGCCCGCCUCAGCUCUGCCUCCUUUGCACCUGGGCCCUAUCGCCCGCGACGAGGAUGAUGAUGUGGUCCAACUUCUUCAUGCACGAGGAGGACCGCCGGCUGGGGGCCGUGGGCCGGCGGCGAGCUCACGGGGCGCGCAAGGCCAGGAUGACCCCUGAGCACGAGGGGAAGAUCAAGCUGGCGCUGCUGCUGACCUCCGUGGGUGCCACGCUGGCAGUGCUGGCCGUGGGCACCGAGUUCUGGGUGGAACUCAACACCUACAGGGACAACGGCAGUGCCGUCUGCGAUGCUGCCCACCUGGGGCUCUGGAAGAUGUGCACCAAACGACUGUGGCAGGCGGACGUGCCCGCGGGCAGAGACACCUGCGGCCCAGCGGAGCUGCCCGGAGAAGCAAACUGCACUUAUUUUAAAUUCUUCACCACGGGAGAGGAUGCUCACAUCUUCCAGAGAACCACAAAGAAAGAGGUAAAUCUGGCAGCUGCGGUGAUAGCAGUGCUAGGCCUGGCAGUCAUGGCCCUGGGGAGCCUCUGUAUCAUCACGGUGCUCAGCAAAGGUGCAGAGUUCCUGCUCCGGGUUGGAGCCAUCUGCUUUGGCCUCUCAGGCCUGCUGCUUCUGGUCAGCCUGGAGGUGUUCCGCCAUUCCGUGCAAGCCUUGCUGCAGAGAGUUAGCCCUGACCCUCCCCCAUCCCCGGCCCUGACCUAUGAAUACUCCUGGUCUCUGGGCUGUGGCUUGGGGGCCGGCCUGGUCCUGAUCCUGGGGAGUGGCUUCUUUCUCCUGCUUACCCUGCCUCCCUGGCCCUGGGGCUCCCUCUGUCCCAAGUGGGGGCACAGGGCCACCUAG